CGAUGCCGUUUUCAUCCACUUCCGACCGCCAGUGACACGAUGAGUGUGUACCACGAUGAAGUCGAAAUCGAGGAUUUCGAGUACGACGAGGAGGAGGAGAUGUACUACUAUCCCUGCCCUUGCGGUGACCGGUUUCAGAUCAGCCGUGAAGAGUUGAUAGCGGGCGAAGAGGUAGCGACCUGUCCCAGCUGCUCGCUCAUAGUGAAGGUGAUUUAUGAUCCGGAAGCGUUUGCCGCGGAACAGGAUGAAGCGGAAACUGUCGGGCCGGCAGCCGACCAGUUGGAGAAAAACUAA